GUGGAGCCAAAAGGGCUUUGAAAAGGAAAGGGAGUCAUUCUACUUUUCAAAAAGAGAAACUGUUUGGGGAGGAAUCCUAUCUCUGUAUUUCUUCUUUCAGCCUCAUCAAGGGUCGCGGUCGGAACUUUCCAUCACUUUCCCUUUUUCCUCUCUCUAGCCGUGGCCUACACCGCUCUUCCUGUCGCCGCAAAAGUCAGCGGCAGACCUCUACAAGUCAGUGGCCGUGAAACUGCGAAAUUUGUCAUAUGGGUGUCAGGUAUUUCUUCCUGACUUCCCAAGAACUUCGAUAAAGAAAUCUUUCCCGAGGGUCCCUUUCUGGCUGCAGGCCACUGUCUUGAGUUGAAGGAGGACGAGCUGGAGGACUACAGCAAAAAAGCAGAGUGAAAGAUGCCCCAGGGCUGCCCGCCAACCCAGGGGGGACACGCUUGGGGUCCAACGUAACCACUCUGCCCCGGCUAUGCUCAAGCAAAGUCAAGUUAUUUUCUGUUGAAAGCUCAAGCCCAUCAAGAUUAUGCUGCUCUUCCUAAUCAUUCUGUUGCCGGUAGUUUUUAAAUGUAGUUUUGCUAGUCUCUCAGUCCUGGAACGAUGGAACUGUCCUGGAGGCUCUCUCCCAGGAAAGGGGAAUUCUACUUGUGUGGGUCCUGCACCUUUCUUAAUUUUCUCCCAUGGAAGCAGUAUCUUUAGGAUUGACCUGGAAGGAACUAAUUAUGAGCAACUGGUGGCAGAUGCUGGUGUAUCAGUGAUCAUGGAUUUUCAUUACAAUAAGGGAAGAAUUUAUUGGGUAGAUCUAGAAAGACAACUUUUGCAAAGAGUUUUUCUGAAUGGGACAAGGCAAGAGAGAGUAUGCAACAUAGAGAAAAAUGUUUCAGGAAUGGCAAUAAAUUGGAUAAAUGAAGAACUUAUUUGGUCAAAUCAACAGGAAGGAAUCAUUACAGUAACAGAUAUGAAAGGAAACAAUUCCCGAGUUCUCUUAAGUGCCUUAAACUAUCCUGCAAAUGUAGUAAUUGAUCCAGUAGAAAGGUUUAUAUUUUGGUCUUCAGAGGUGGCUGGCAGCCUUCACAGAGCAGAUCUCAAUGGUGUGGAAGAGAAGAUUCUGUUAGAGACGACAGAAAGAAUAACAGCUGUGUCAUUGGAUGUGCUCGAUAAACAGCUUUUUUGGAUUCAGUACAACAGAGAUGGAAGCAAUUCUUAUAUUUGUUCCUGUAAUUAUGAUGGAGGUUCUGUCCAUUUUAACAAACAUCUUACACAGCACAAUUUGUUUGCAAUGUCCCUUUUUGGUGAUCGGAUCUUCUAUUCAGUAUGGAAAAAGAAGACAAUUUGGAUAGCUAACAAACACACCGGGAAGGAUAUGGUUAGAAUUAACCUCGACCCAUCAUUUGUACCAACUGUUGGAAUCAAAGUACUGCAUCCACUCUUACAGCCCAAGGCAGAGAGUGAUGCUUGGGCAUGUGAUCAGAAACCCUGCAAAUGGAGGAAAGGUAACUGCAGAGGUAGCAUGUGUGGUCAAGACUCGAAGUCCCAUUUGUGCACAUGUGCGGAGGGAUAUACUUUAAGCCAAGAUGGAAAGUACUGUGAAGAUGUCAAUGAAUGUGCCUUUUGGAAUCAUGGAUGUACUCUCGGAUGUGAAAACAUCCCCGGAUCUUAUUAUUGCACAUGCCCUGUAGGAUUUAUUCUGCUUCCUGACGGGAAACGGUGUCAUCAAUUAAUUUCCUGUCCAAGCAAUACAUCCAAAUGUAGCCAUGACUGUGUUCUGACAUCAGAUGGUCCCAUAUGUUUUUGUCCUGAAGGCUCAGUGCUUGAGACAGAUGGAAAAACAUGUAGUGGCUGUUCAUCACCUGAUAAUGGGGGCUGUAGCCAGCUCUGCCUCCCUCUCAGCCCAGUCUCCUGGGAAUGUGGUUGCUUUCCUGGGUAUGAUCUACAACUGGACAAAAAAAGCUGUGUGGCAUCAGGACCACAACCAUUUUUACUGUUUGCCAAUUCUCAAGAUAUUCGACACAUGCAUUUUGAUGGAACAGAUUAUAGAACCCUGCUCAGCCAGCAAAUGGGAAUGGUUUUUGCCCUUGAUCACGACCCUGUGGAAAAUAAGAUAUACUUCGCCCAUACAACCCUGAAGUGGAUAGAGAGAGCUAAUAGGGAUGGUUCCCAGCGAGAAAGGCUUAUUGAGGAAGCAGUAGAUAUGCCAGAAGGUCUUGCCAUCGAUUGGAUUGACCGUAAAUUCUACUGGACGGACAGAGGGAAAUCUCUCAUCGAAGGGAGUGAUUUAAAUGGAAAACACCGUGAAAUAAUCAUUAAGGAGGACAUCUCUCAGCCACGAGGAAUUGCUGUCCAUCCAAUGGCCAAGAGAUUAUUCUGGACUGAUAUGGGGAUUAAUCCACGAAUUGAAAGUUCUUCCCUUCAAGGCAUUGGCCGACUGGUUAUAGCUAGUUCUGAUCUGGUCUGGCCCAGUGGAAUAACGAUUGAUUACUUUACUGACAAAUUGUAUUGGUGUGAUGCCAAGCUGCCUGUGAUUGAAAUGGCCAAUCUGGAUGGUUCAAAACGCCAAAGACUUGCCCAGAACGAUGUAGGGCACCCAUUUGCUGUGGCUGUGUUUGAGGAUCAUGUGUGGUUCUCGGAUUGGACAAUGCCAUCGGUAAUAAGGGUGAACAAGAGGACUGGCAAAAAUCGGGUACGUCUCCGAGGCAGCAUGCUGAAGCCUUCAUCACUGGUUGUAGUUCAUCCGUUGGCAAAACCAGGAGCACAGCCCUGCUUACAUCAAAAUGGAGGCUGUGAACAUAUUUGCCAAGAAAGGUUUGGAACUGCUCAGUGUUUGUGUCGUGAAGGUUUUGUGAAAGCCCCAGAUGGGAAAACGUGUCUGGCUCUGAAUGGUCACCAGAUACCAGCAGGUAGUGAAGCAGAUCAAGUAAUGCCAUUGGAUGUCUUAUCCAGGAAUAGAGGAUUUGAAGAUAACAUUACAGAAUCUCAGCAUUUGCUAGUGGCUGAAAUCAUGGUAUCAGAUGGUGAUGACUGUGGUCCUGUGGGAUGCAGUACACGGGCUCAGUGUGUUUCAGAGGGAGAAAAUGCCACAUGUCAGUGUUUGAAAGGAUUUACUGGGGAUGGAAAACUAUGUUUUGAUAUGGAUGAAUGUGAGACGGGCAUCACAAUUUGCCCUCCCACCUCCAAGUGUGUCAAUACUGAAGGUGGCUAUGUCUGCCGGUGCUUGGAAGGCUACCGAGGUGAUGGAAUUCACUGUCUUGAUAUUAAUGAGUGCCGAUUGGGCAUACACACUUGUGGGGAGAAUGCCACCUGUACAAAUACUGAGGGAAACUACACCUGCAUGUGCGCCGGCAGCCUGUCUGAACCUGGGCGGAUAUGCACUGACUCUACGUCUCCUUCUCAUCUCAUGGAGGAUGGCCACCCUUCUGUGAGAAAUGGCUACCGGGAAUGCCCCUCAUCCUAUGACGGCUAUUGCCUCUAUAACGGGGUGUGUAUGUACAUCGAAGCAGUUGACAGAUAUGCAUGCAACUGUGUCUUUGGCUACGUGGGGGAGCGAUGUCAGCACCGAGACUUGAAAUGGGAACUGCGCCACGUUGGCCAGGGGAGGCAGCAGCAAGUCACCGUGGUGACCGUCGGCGUGGUGGGGCUCGUCCUGCUUCUGCUGCUGGGACUGUGGGGGGCUCACUGCUACAGGACUAAGAAGCUGCCAUCAAAAAAUUUAAAGAAUCCUGAUGAAGAGUCGAGCAGAGAAGUUUGCAGUAGCAGGUCUACAGACGGCGAGGCCGGGAUGGCCUCUUGUCCCCAGCCCUGGUUUGUGGUGCUAAAGGAACACCCAAAUCUCAGGAAUGGAAGUCAACCUGUGGCCCUCAAGGAUGGUGAGCCAGCAGAUGUCAGCCAGUUCUCCUCUCCGGAGCCAGGCACAAUGCAACGGCCGUCAUGGAGAAAUGAACCCCAGAUGUAUAUGGGCACAGAGCAAGGCUGCUGCACUCCACCACCCAGUGACAGAGGCUCUGGUCCCCAGGCAACGAAGCAGAGCUUUUCUCUCCCCUCCUGUGGGGCACAGCCCAUUGCUUUGGGGGUUGAGAAGCCACAUUCUCUCCUGUCAGCUAACCCUUAUUGCAACAAAGGGCCCCAGAGCCACCACACCAAAAGAAGCUGACUCGGUGAAAACUGGAAUUAAAAGGAAGGUCAAAAAGGAUAAACUGUACCAAUAGAUGGUAAUACUUCAUUUCAAAAAGUAGAGGGAAAAUACAGAUUUGGGUUCCACAAUCUCUGCAACUGAUCACCCAUUCAGGCUCCUGGAGACAAAUAGGGAGUCAUCCUUUUGUUUCUUCCUUCAAGCAGUCCUGUUGCAGAUUUUCAAGUAUGAGUAACUGGGAGAAUCACUAUGUAACUCAUUAGAAAUCAAAGCACAGUAUUACUUUGUAAACUGUGUUGUCUUCAAUAGUCAAUACAGAUAGGUACUUUUUUCUCUGCAGCUCCAGAAGAAAUUGGGUUAAAGCAGGCAACCACACUGGUUUACUCAGUUAUAAGGGAAUUCCUUUUAUCUGGACAGAACAUUUAGCUCAAUCUCAUAAAAUGAUUAGAAUAUUAAAAUUGCUGGUAUGAUACAUUGUGGGCAUUUAACCUAUCACUGGUGUGGUCCAUGCUGGUAAUUUCACAGAAUGAAUUUUGAUAAAUUAACCAAAAAAUGCAUUAACUUAGAACCUGAUUUCCUCAGAAUUAGUUGCCUUAUUUUUUCUAUUUUAAAAUCUUUGAAUGAAAACAUUUUAUUUUAAAAAAAUUACCCAAGAGACAUCAGUGUUUCUCAAACAUUACUAUCCCUUCCCCACGGAAUUUUUUUUUAAUGAAAAAAAUGGUAAAUUUUCCUUUCAUGUGUUGGCACAGAAUUUUUACUUACUUUCAAAUAUGAGAUUGGAAGCAAAUUUCCAGGUUUGUUUUCAUUUUGAAUAAUCGAUCUCUUCUAAUUAUUUAAAUAAAAUCACCAUAAAACAAACAUUUUCUUGUAUUCCUGGUUAAGGAAGAAAUUAUA